AUGCGCUUUGUAUCCCCGAUGCUACUGCUGACGAUCGCCAUGUGCCUGCACCACAUUGCUGGCAAGAGCGCCCAGUAUCUGAUGCGGCUCUGCGAGGAACAGUUUCUGCUCGUGGAGAAGAAGCGCAAAGAUCUGACGCACACGGACACCGUCGUUGCCGCUCUACGAGAUGCUGCCCAGGGUGUCAUCAAGAGAUUCGUUGACGCCAAGGUUCGAGAUUUUGACCAGCUAUUCGCCUCGAUUCUGAACGACGGCCGGAAGGAGGUCAAGGCUUCCCGGACACCAAGGCAAACGGACCCCUUCCAGCGCGACACGCUGUGGAGCGAACGUGUGGAUUUUCAUGAACAAAUCGCGUUCACACGUGGCUCAAUCAUUGCCGGGAUGGUCAAGGUGUUCCUGAAGGUCUUCAUCGAAGCCAUCCGCACGCAGACAUUCGUUGCG